AUGAAGACCACCGUGGAUAUCAAGGCCUCAUUCGCGGAAACCCUGAAAAAAGAGGUAGGAGAAAUGAGCAGCAUCACGGAACUGGUCCCUAGAGCUACACUGGAGAUACAGGACUGUGACUGCUGCACUUCGUCGAUAGAAGUCGAGGAGGCCCUAAAGAGGAACCUGCCAGGCUACGCGGGGAAAAUCGAAAUUAAGAUGACGAACCCCAACGCUAGACAACAACGCCUGGACCUCGUCAAAAUAGAAGAGGAAGCAGCUGCGCAGCAUUUAAUGGCCGGGCGAGUGCUGAUUGGUUUCAUCAGCUGCAGGGUCAGGCGAAGGGCAGAAGUAGGGCGAUGCUUCCGCUGUCUCGACUAUGGUCACUAUAGUGCCUCGUGCAAGGGACCUGAUCGCAGUAAGGUUUGCUAUUAUUGUAGCAGCACGGGGCACAAGAUCAAAGAGUGCAAGGUCAGCGAGCCUACUUGCUUCUUGUGCUCGAAGAGCGAUGUUGAAACUAAGAAGCACCUGGCGGGGUCAAGGGCCUGCAAAGCUUUCCAGGAGGCCCUUGCAACAGCAAAGAAGUAA